AUGGAGUAUUUCAAAAUUCUCCCAGGGGAAAUCACAUUAGAAAUUUUAACUCGUUUGCCUACCGAAUCAGUUCUGGAGUCCAAAUUAGUAUGCACUAAUUGGAGGAAUCUUGGUUCUCAUCAUCCAUUAUUCUUCCAAAUGCACUUAAAUUAUCUCAAUUAUCCUUCUGCUGCUGAUUUUGGUGAGUUGGGUUUUUUUGCUUCUAAUUUUGAUGCAGAUAAUAGAGAUAUAAAAUAUUGGUAUUUUGAAUACGAUCAUGAGUCAACUUCUAUCCAGAGAAUUAGAAGGGUUAAUUUGCCCUCUCCUCCUUGUUGGAUUACUACUAAAUUUCUUGGUUCAUGCAAUGGAUUGAUCUGUUUUGCUGAAUACGACCACCCAUGUGUUUGGAUUUGUAACCCAAUCACCAAAGAACGUGUUCUGCUUCCAGAACUUGAGAGAGAUUCUUGUGAUAUUGAUGAGUAUUGUUAUAAGGAAAGCAACUUUGGUUACAUUUCAUCAACCAAUGAGUACAAAGUUUUAGGAAUGUAUAUGUCGAAGACCAACGUAGAAGUCCAUAUAUACAGUCUAGGUAGUGGCACUGGAUGGAGAAACCUUGGAAAGUCCAAUUUUGAAUUCAAUCCAUAUUAUGAGACAGAUGGUAUUUUUGCCAAUGAAGCUAUUUAUUGGAUGUACAGUAAAUUAGAAAUGAUCGUUGCCUUCAAUUUGGCAGAGGAAAAGUUUUGUGAACUUCUUUCACCACCACAUCCUUUGCCAACAGGGGGUGAUUGGAGUCAAAACACAAUAGGAGCUUUGGAUGGGUUUUUGUUUUUUGCUAAUGGUUUAGGUAUCAAUGAAUACGGAGGAGAAACUGAUUGUUUUGACUUAUGGAUAUUAAAAAAGAAGAAUGAGGAUCAUGGCAUGAAAGAGCAAAACGAUUGUCGGUCAUUUGGUUGGACUAAAGAGUUCAGGGUUGGCGAUAGAAAUAGAGAGUUAUUAUCAGCCGUUGCAAACAGCGGUGGUGUUUUAACUUACAAUGGUCAGUAUCUCAAUGUUUACGACACAAAAACUUCAACCUCAAAAAGGCUUGUGGAGUUUAAUUGUAAGUUUCUUGAAGUAUUGCCUCACAAGAACACCUUAGUCUCAUUGAAAGAAUUAGGGGAAGAAGAUACAAAAACAAUGGAGUCAGUUGAAACUAAAGAGACAAGAAGCCGCAAUUAUCCUUCGAAGCAUCUCCAGGAGGAUGCACACCUGGAAUACAUAUACUUGUAA